CACCGUCGAGGCCCGCUGAGACCGUACAAGGAAUAGGAAACUCCAGGACAAUCUCGGCGUCUCGCCGGCGGCCGCCACCGCGAUGAUCAGCAUCCUCGCGCAGGAGCGCCUCCUCGGGUUCGCCCUGGGCUCCGUCUCCAUGGGUGGCUUCGUCCUCCACCAGCGCCGCGCCAUCUACCGCUCCCUUGCCGACGCCGACCAGGCCUCUGGGGCCCCGUCCUUCUCCUAUCAGACAAGUGAAACCACUGCUAGAAGGGGCUCAGCUGAAUUGGCUCACGUAUGGAACAAGGCAGUUGACGAGACCCUUGGCCGGCUUGUUGUGUAUCUUAGCUCUCGUGGAUGGUAAUUCAAGCACCAAGAGUGAAGCACUUCUCCCUGUUCAGCUCGUUGUUGUGCUAAAUUAAGACACACAUGUUCUGCCAUUUCUCUGUAGCAAUGGUGGAACAUAAUGCUUUCUUUUACUUUAAAAAUGGGUGAGGAGGAUAGCCGUCAGAUUGAUCAUGGUGCCCUCCUGCUACACAUUUUGCCCCUGGAUGUAUUGUAGCUUCAGGGGAUACACACCCUAACCUCGUUAAAGUGGUUUAUUGUCAAAGCUACUAUCUGGUGUUAGCAAUGCAUAUUGUAGCAAAGCGGCGUCACCUCAGCCCAUAGCGGUGAACUAUUGGA